AUGCCUCGAAUAUCUACAUCGUUAAUAAGAAAGGCUGCCAGGAUACGACCUGGUUUGCAUCUUUUGCUUCCAGAAUGUAGGACUCUCGAACAAGCGAAACUCGAGUACAAAUGGCUCACCGAAGAGCUACCUUCGAAGAAAUCUAUCCGCUGGGCUUGCUUUCAGAGAUACAAACACGUCCCGUUGCAGUACAUCUUGAGGUCGCAACCGUUUGGGGCCUUGGACAUUAUCUGCAAGCCUGGUGUCCUUAUACCAAGAUGGGAAACCGAGGAAUGGGUGAUGGAUAUAAUAAGAGCUUUAAAUAACUCUGCCCUAUCAAGCCGUACUAUACCCCUACAUAUUUGUGAUACCUUCACAGGAACAGGGUGUAUUGCCCUUGCUCUAAGUCAUGGUAUACCACAUUCGACCUUCACUGCCAUUGAUGUGUCGAGAAAAGCAAUUAAGUUGGUCAAAGAAAAUAUGCUGAAGAACAACGUGAGUGGAGGCAAGCUUAUAGAACAAAAUAUCUUGUCUUCAAAAGUUUGCGAUGAAUAUCCAUCCCAUAUAGAUAUAUUAACCGGUAACCCCCCCUAUAUUCGAAUGCGUGACUUCAAUAGAGAUGUUACGACUUCUGUAAAGCUGUUCGAACCAAGGCUAGCGCUGGUCGGUGAGCUUGAAUGCUACAGAAAUCUAGUGGAUCAUUGGCUGCCAAAGACAGAUUCCUUCUUUUAUGAGAUUGGAGACAUCAACCAGUUUAGUUAUGUGGAAAACCGCAUUAAAGAAGAUUCAAAUCUCAGCCGAAGUUGGUCCAUUGGCUUGAAAUAUGACUCGAAUGGGAAGGCAAGGGUCGUAUAUGGGUUUAAUACCACCCCCAAGGGGCGAAUGUUACUUCAAAUUUUUGCGCCCUUUGGGACUAUAAGGCAUUUAGCAACUGCACUGAGUAAGCACAAAGCCAAUUCCAAGUAA